AUGUCGAACGCGAUAGAGGAUCCCCGGGUCAGGGCGGCCAUUGAGCACUACCUGUUAGAUCUGGAGAACACCCAGCCGAAGAAUACGAAGCGAAAUUAUCGUCCCAAGCAGGAAGAAUGGAAGGAGUGGUGUCAAGCCAACUGGCCUGCGAUCCCGGACGUUUGGCCGGCCUCGGUACCACAGGGCCAACAGCUACCCGGAGACCUGGUCGAUGAAGGAAAGCUCUUGCUCUUCAUGAAGGAGACGCAGAGCACCAUCAGAUACCAUCGUUAUGCCCGACCACACCAACGUGGCAUGGUCCGAGAGAGAGAGAUCGCCUGCGCCCUGAGGACGCAGGUGGACUUUCUGCUCGGGAACCACAUGCUGCUGCGGUCCGGCAACCGCCUGCCGAUGGAGUUGGCAGACUGCUUUCCCUGGACUUACCCAACGAGGCUUCAAGGCCCAGGGUAUACCACAAAGGCGCUGGUUGUCGUGAUGAACUGUGGGAAGACCAACCAGCACGGCCGCAUGGAAAAGGCGGAAAGGUUUCCCGUCUUCCAAAGAAGCGAAGACUGGUAUGAAACGAAGGUGCUCCGCCGAUCGGCGAAGGAGCCUCAAGCUCCGUUGUCGGGCCAGACUGCCCGAGAAUGGACGUCCAGGUUCUACAAGAAGGCCGGCAUCAAGGUCUCCAAGGUCAGCCACGCGCCUAGAGUGGCGGCGACGCAAAACGCCGACAUGGCCGGGGUGGAUGAAGGCCAGAUCCGCCGAGCCGGUCGUUGGAAUAACGGAGACCAAAUGACCGGCUGCUAUCUGACUUCCUGCCUUUCAAUUCGCGAGGCCGUGGCCGACUUUGACCCUGAAUGGUCGGGGUCUUAUUUCGUGCCCGGGCCACCGUGA